AUGCCGCCGCAGUUCCCCACCGGCAGCGCCAGGCCCUCCUCCGCCUCCGCCGCGCCCGCCGGCGGCGUAAAGAGGCCGUCUUUGCCCCCCACCACCUCCCUCUCCCCGCCGCCGGCCAAGAAGAUCGCCCGCCCGGCGUCCGCGCCCUGCCUCCCCGCGCUCUCCAAGAAGGUGCCCCCUCGCCCGGUGCCUUCGACCGCGGCCAGGCCGCGGCCGCCGCAGCCCCCGGCGUCGGCGUCGGCGGCGAGGGCCGCCGGGCCGCCCAAGAAGACGGCGCAGCGCCCGGCGGCGGAGGCGGAGGCGGCCCCGGGCCGCGCGGCCGAGAGCGUGCACCCGGCGCGGCGGCUGGCGUGCGGGACGGCCGUGUACGUGCGCACGCGCUACUACGUGGUGAUCGCCGACGGGACCGACAGGUGCUGCCUCCUCAUCUGGCUGCCGGCCAGGGUCGUCUCCUCCUCCGACGCCUACCACUGCAGCGUCAAGUACGCCGCCGACCUCCACGCCAUGUUCGCCGGCAAGAUCGUCCGUGUCCCCGUCAGCGACGUCCGCGUGGCGCCCAACCACCGCCCCUCCGCCGCCCCCGCCGCCGCCAAGGCCGCCCAGAGCCAGAGGCCCCAACAACAGGCGCCCUGA